CAGAGGUCAAAGGUCAAUUUUAGACUGUGUAAUUAUCGAAUGUAACAUCGUUUUUCGACAGUUGAUAUUGGUCGACACAAUCACGACAGAACGUGGACGUUGUUGGCAGAAGUUAUAGUUCAAUAGCCCUGAAAUAGUGAUACACAGAAUUAAGGUCUAGCCUGCUAUCAGCAAAUCAUUUGAUAUCAGCUUUAGAAAGCCUGUAUUAAGAAAAUAUGGCGUCCAUUCAUGGAAAAGCAAUGAUGGGGGGCUGUAUACAACUAUGGAUUUUUUGUGCCUUUGUAAUCUUGGUCCCAAGAUUAAUACAAUGUGAAUCCGAACCUGCCGAAGGGGACAUACGUCUUGAAGAUGGUAACUCCUCGAGCAGGGGAAGGGUGGAGAUCUACCACAAUUCCACGUGGGGCUUCAUCUACCAAAUAUAUUGGUCCUAUAUUGAUUACACAGCAGAGGUUGCAUGUCGACAGCUGGGCUUAGACACCACAAAUGUACGCGGGUUUGUUAUGAACCGCGGAAAUGGACCUCUUCAUACGUUCGGUUUAGUCCAUAGUUGCGAUGGGUCAGAAAACCGAAUAGAUGCAUGUUUCGUCUACGGUGAAUCAGGUUCUUUUACCGAAAUGGUUUUGGCAGUCGAAUGUGGUCCUUAUCUGCAAGGAGACGUCCGCCUGGCUAAUGGUUCGACGGCGGAGGAUGGUCGGGUAGAGAUCUACUACGAAGGAGAAUGGGGGACAGUCUGUGAUGAUGAUUGGGACAACGAUGACGCUGCAGUUAUAUGUAAACAGCUACGAAAUUACCAACAUGGCGCCGAGGCUAUAAGUGGGGGUGCAUAUGCUGAAGGAACUGGUCCAAUACAUCUUGGUAAUGUUCAAUGUGAAGGUACUGAAAUCAAGCUUGAAGAUUGCAGCAGUGGCGGAUGGCGUAACAACACGUGUGGCCAUGAUCGAGAUGCUGGAGUGGUUUGCCCACCUGCCUUUGAAGGUGAUGUCCGGCUUGUGGGUGGUCACAGUCUAAUGGAGGGACGGGUGGAGUACUACCAUGACGACCAGUGGGGUACCGUUUGUGAUGACUUUUGGGACGUCGAAGACGCUUGGGUUGUGUGCCUCCAGCUGGGGUACAAACCAUUUGAUGGAGAUAGAUAUAGAGAGGCAUAUUUUGGACAAGGAUCUGGCCCAAUACACCUAGAUGGCGUCCAGUGUUCGGGCAGAGAGGUCAGACUAGAAUCCUGUCGCAGUCAAAUUUUGGGCAGCCACGACUGUACACAUUCCGAAGAUGCCGGAGUACGAUGCUCUUUGCCUGAUGACGGAGAUGUUCGUUUACAAGAUGGUCCAUUGAUAAACGAAGGUCGGGUAGAGAUCUUCUACGUAGGGAGAUGGGGUAGUGUCUGUGCCUCGGAUUGGAGUGCCUCUGAAGCCUGGGUUGUAUGUCAACAGCUGGGAUAUAAGCCAAAUACUGGAUUUGCUAUCAGCGGUGCAACAUACGGACCCGGUCUUGGACCAAUACACCUUGAUAAUGUUAGUUGUGUAGGCCAAGAAUACAAGCUAGAUGACUGCGGUAAAAGCAUUAACGCAGUGGGCAACGAUAGUUGUGGGGAUAACGGAUAUGCUGCAGUUCAUUGCCCGGCGGAUCUUGAAGAUGGGGAUGUUCGCCUGGUGAAUGGUAACAGUCCAAACGAGGGUCGGGUCGAGAUCUACCACGCUGGCAUAUGGGGGACCAUAUGUGACGAUGGCUGGGGCUCCCCAGAUUCCCAGGUACUUUGCAGGCAGUUGGGCUAUCAAACAAACAAUGCUAGUGCUACCCGGGGUGAUAACUAUGGAAGGGCAAAUGGCCGUAUACAUUUGGAUAAUGUCAGGUGCACCGGUUUCGAAGUUCGAUUGGAUGACUGCAGCAGUAAUGGAUGGGGCUCGCACGACUGUUCACACCUUGAGGAUGUUGCUGUUAUCUGCACUGUUCCCAACGAAGGAGAUGUUCGUCUCAUUGAUGGACACACGACAAACCAAGGUCGGGUUGAGAUCUAUAACAAUAACCAAUGGGGCAUUAUUUGCAAUCGUAGUUCUUGGGGUGCUACAGAAGCGACGGCUGUUUGUCGACAGCUGGGAUUAUACCAAAAUGACAGUGGCAGUGUUCCAUUCGGGACUGCGGACGACUGGAGUGGUGGUCCAAUACACUCUACAGGCGUUUUCUGCAGUGGCACGGAAAGCAGGUUGGAUGAAUGCAGGAGCAGCAACGACGGCAGUGACAAUUGUGACCCCAGUGAUGUGGCUGGAGCUCGUUGCAUUAGUUCCCUGGAAGGAGCUGUCCGUCUUGUGGCUGGUUCUAGUCCAGACGAAGGCCGGGUCGAGAUCUUCCAUGAUGACCAAUGGGGUACCGUCUGUGAUAGAGGCUGGGAUGACAAUGACGCAAGGGUAGUCUGUCGGCAGCUCGGGUAUACAGGGGAUGUUGGGGUGGCUAGAACUGGUGGUACGUACGGCGCUGCAUCAGGACCGAAAUACCUUACUAAUGUCAGAUGCAAUUCCUAUGAUGACAGGUUAGAGGACUGCACGCAUAACGGAUGGGGUGUCACCGAUUCGUAUUGCCAAAGAGGAUAUGUCAAUGCUGGAGUGCAAUGCUUUCAUCCUACGACAGUACUACCAAGCGUUAUCUCAAUAGACGACAUUCGCUUGGUGAAUUCAUCAUCGGAAUACGAAGGUCGGCUAGAAGUCCGCGCCAAUGGACGAUGGGGAACUGUGUGUGGCAACUACGUGGCGGAUAACACCUUACAAAGCAUGGCGGAGGUCGUAUGCCGGCAGUUGGGAUACAUCACUGAGGACGCUGAGGCCCUUAAAGGGGCGUUUUUCGGAAGUGGUUCGGGGCUGAUCUGGUUGAGAAGUGUUUACUGUUCCGGUUAUGAGGUCAACUUGGACGACUGUAAUCAUUACACUUGGUUAAACGGCUACUGCACGAACAAAGACGCUGUAGGUGUGAGGUGCAAGGAGCCCUCAAAUUCUAAUCGAGUGAUCGGUACCAUGGCCUUUGUUGGUGUGUCUCUGUCGCUGCUGGCACUAAGCAGUUUCGUAGCCGUGUGGUAUACCUGCACUCACGCCAAGACCAUCCGACAGACGCAGAGAAUGGACCAGGGCAUCCCCCUCACCACAGUUAAUGCUCGUUCUACCACCAUGACGGAUGCCUGUCCUCCUAACAACGAAUGAACCGAAGUUACAUCAUCGUUUUCACCCUGAGAACCUCCGAUGGUUGCAAUAGGGACUUUUAGAUUUGCGUGGACUGAUACGUGUGACGUCCAGUCAAGGCAGUGCAUUAAAAGGACGUCGAUCGUAGCAAUCCACGUUGUCAUUGUGCACAUAUAAAAGUCCCUAAUGUUGGGCUCACGUUGGCUCCUCCGCCAUCUUAAGCCUCUCUAUAAAAUGUGAAACUGAAAUCCAGUAGGCUCUAGCGAAAUUAUCGUGUAGCAAAAGUGUCCUUCGUUGUUUACUUUAAAUAUUAUGACUAUUGUUAUUUGUAAAGGCAUGAAUAUCUAAAGUGCGCUUAUCUCUGUGUGCGCGCUAAUGUA